UUGCGUUACCGGUAAGGAAAGACGUACGUUUUGUGAGAGUAGUGAACAAUUAUUUGCUCGAUGAUAAUUGAAUUAGAUCAAAGUACCCAUCAGUGCCUAAUAUCGGUGAAUUUUCAAAUGUUUCAGGCAAAUCACUAUUAAACUGGCUUCGUAAUACGCGUUUAUUACUUGGCCGGAUUUCUUUAUUACGGUAGAUGCUACUGUAAGGACUUGGCACGAAACAGGACAACCCCAUCAUGCAGCAGCAGUCAGUAAUGGAAGAGGGAACGGCCUACGAGCCACCUACCUAUGAUGAGACAUUCCCAGUUCUUCCGGAAUCAGCCAGUUCAAGUUCGGGAAAAUUAAAUAUUUUCUCUAUAAAUAAUAACUUACAACUUGGACGUAUAACUAUCACACAGAUGUUUCGUGUACCUGGAGAGGAACGCAAAUUUGAUCACAGCGACAAGUUUGGCGAACGUGAAUCCAUACGUACAUGCAAAACAAUAAUGAAGGAGACAAAUACUAUCAUUGAAAUAGCAACAUCGAAAGAUCAGUCUUUAACAUUCCUAAUAACUGGUAAACAAAAUCAGGUGUUGGAAGCAAAGCGUCGAAUUUUAACAACGUUUCAAACUCAGGCGAGUAAACAGAUUAGCAUUCCUAAGGAUCAUCAUCGUUGGAUUCUCGGAAAACAAGGGCAGCGUCUAAAAGACUUAGAAAAGACGACUGCGACAAAGAUAAAUGUUCCAUCUGUGCAAGAUCAAUCUGAUAUAAUAACUAUCACAGGAACUAAAGAGGGAAUCGAAAAGGCUGAGCACGAGAUUAGAGUGAUUUCAGAUGAACAGUCGAGGAAAGCGUUUGAAAGAAUAUCUGUGCCAAAAAUAUAUCACCCUUUUAUACAUGGUGCACACAAUGAGAAUCUCAAUGCUAUGAUGGCAGAGACUGGUGCUCGUAUUAAUAUUCCCCCUGCCUCUGUGCAAGAAGAUGAAAUAACCAUUGCUGGUGAAAAGGAAGGUGUCUUAGCUGCAAAGCAGAAGAUUGAAGCUAUUUACAGAGACAUGGAAAAGAGAUGUACGACGGUAUCGGUUGAAGUGCCGAAGUCUCAGCACAAAUAUGUUGUCGGUCCGCGUGGUAGCACGAUAGCGGAGAUAUUACAAGUAACUGGAGUAAGCGUAGAAAUGCCUGCGCCAGACUCUCCUACAGGAACUAUCACUCUGCGUGGUCCCCAAGAAAAACUUGGCCAAGCACUGAGUAAAGUGUAUGAGAAAGCGAACAGCGUUCGUACGGCUGUGGUGAAAGCACCUGUUUGGAUACACAAGUAUAUAAUAGGAAGAAAAGGUGUCAAUAUUAAACGUAUCACGCAAGAAAUGCCAAAAGUGAACGUAGAGUUCACUGGUAAAGAAGAUCAAAUCAAGAUCGAAGGUCCUCCUGAAGAAGUAGAGAAAGCACAAAACGAACUUCAACUAAUGGCUACUGAUCUUAUAUCUAAACUCACUUUUGCGGAGUUAAAUGUUGACCCCAGAUUUUACAAACACAUUAUAGGAAAGAACGGAUGUAAUGUAAAUCGUGUAAAGGAAGGGACAGGUGUUGUAAUUAAUAUUUCCGAGAAUGAUGGCAAUAAUAUAAUACGCAUUGAAGGGAACCUCGCUGGUGUACUCAAGGCUCAAACGGAAUUAGUUGAAAUGGUGAGAAAGUUGGAGAAUGAGAAAGAGAAAGAUGUGAAAAUAGAUCAUCGUUAUUAUCCAAGUAUUAUCGGGAAUAAAGGAGAUAAUAUUAAAGAAAUUAGAGAUAAGUUUAACCAAGUACAGAUUACUAUUCCUGGUCCAGGUGAAAAGGGAGAUACAGUUAAAAUUAGGGGUCCUAAAGAAGAUGUUGACAAGUGUCAUAAGUAUUUAAUGAAACUAGUGAAGGAGUUGAAUGAAAACAACCAUGUUCUGGAAGUACCUAUUUUCAAACAAUUCCAUAAAUUUGUCAUUGGUAAAGGCGGAGUCAACAUUCGUAAGAUUAGAGAAGAAACUCAAACUAAAAUAGAUUUACCAGCUGAAGGCGAGAAAAGCGAUGUUAUAACUAUUACAGGCAAAGAAGAAAACGUGGAAAAAGCUAAAGAAAUGAUUCAAAAGAUACAAAAUGAACUGGCCAAUAUUGUUACGGAUGAGAUAGUAAUCCCACCGAAGUUCUAUAAUUCUCUUAUUGGUACCGGCGGGAAAUUGAUCCAUUCUAUCAUGGAAGAUUGCGGCGGUGUUGCAAUUAAGUUUCCCACCGCAGAGAGUCGAAGCGAUAAGGUGACCAUCAGGGGGCCGAAAGAAGAUGUUGAAAAAGCGAAACAACAAUUGCUUGAACUUACGAAUGAGAAGCAAUUGUCCAGUUACUCUGCUGAAGUACGUGCCAAAGUACAACAUCACAAAUUCCUCAUUGGAAAGAAUGGUGCCAACAUUAAAAAGAUAAGAGAAUCCACUGGGGCACGUAUCAUAUUCCCGACAGACGAAGAUCAAGAUAAGGAAGUGAUUACUAUCAUGGGUAGAAAAGAGGCCGUUGAAAAAGCUAAAACCGAAUUGGAAGCUACGAUCAGCGAGAUCGAUAAUAUUACUGAAGGCGAAAUCCGUAUUGAUCCGAAGCAUCACAGACAUUUCGUAGCCCGGAGAGGUGGCGUGUUGCAUCGUAUCGCUGACGACUGCGGCGGAGUACAAAUUUCAUUUCCAAGGGCCGGAGUCGACAGCGAUCGGGUGAUCUUAAAAGGGUCACACGAGUGUAUAGAAGCUGCGAAACAACGAAUGCGAGAAAUUGUGCAGGAGCUGGAAUCGAUGGUAACGGAAGAAUGCGUUAUACCACAAAAGCACCAUCGCACUGUAAUGGGAGCAAAGGGACGGAAGGUGCAAAUGAUUACGUCCGAAUUCGACGUACAGAUUAAAUUCCCCGAUCGGGACAUGUAUGAUGAACAGCGUGUCGCGGAACAGAUGAACGGCGAGAACGGAGAAGUUAAUGAAACAGUCUCGGCCUGCGACGUCAUCCGCAUUACCGGACAGCCUGACAAUGUGGCAGCCGCGAAACAAGCCUUGCUUGAUUUAGUACCGAUUACAAUAGAAGUGGAGGUACCCUUCGAUCUUCAUCGUUCUAUAAUAGGCCAGAAGGGUCGUGAUGUGCGAGAACUGAUGAAUACGUAUGAUGUUCAUAUCAUGUUAUCCCCGGCGGAAGAAAAACUUGAUUACAUUAAAAUUUCAGGAACACCUUCAUGCGUUGAAAACGCCAAACAAGCUAUUCUAGAUAAAUGCAAGGCGCUGGAAGCUGAUCGACAAGACAGAGCUUUGAAAUCCUUCGAAUUAAAAAUCGAAGUUGAUCCAGAAUAUCAUCCGAAAAUAAUUGGUCGAAAGGGAGCCGUAAUUAAUAAAAUACGUAGUGAUCACGAUGUUCAAAUUAACUUUCCACGUAAAGGCGACCCCGAGGAACAUAUAAUUACAAUCACUGGUUAUGAGAAGAAUGCAUUAAGCGCGCGGGAUGAUAUCAUGAAGAUUGUUAACGAACUGAAUGGUUUGACAAAAGAAGAAGUCCAAAUAAACGCUACAGUUCAUUCGCGGUUGAUUGGUUCGAAAGGUAGAAAUAUUCGUAAAAUAAUGGACGAAUUUAAAGUGGAUAUUAAAUUCCCAAGAAAGACCGAUCCUGAUCCGAAUAUCGUAACAAUCGUGGGUUCAGAAGAGAACGUAGCCGACGCGAAGGAUCGUCUACUGAAUUUAGAAGAAGAAUAUAUUCAAGACGUUUUAGAAAACGAAUAUCGUGAAAACUUACGUUCACCUCAACGCGACGAGAGAAAUUCUGGUGCCUCUGGCUUUGUAGUGAAGGGUGGACCUUGGGAACAGCAACAACAAAGCGCUCCAAACACCGCCAGCGUCGAAGAAUUUCCGCAAUUCGCUGGAUACUCCCACGUACCGGUGACCAAUCCUGAUGGUCCUUGGGGCGUGAAACGUUAAUCCUUAGAGUAAAAAGAUCGAUGAAGCGUAUAAGGUAACAAUAUAAUGAUAACUUUCCUCUGACAAACGAUACAGAAGGGUACACACAUUAGUGCUAGGUGGUUCCCUGUUCCAUUACUGAUGUUGCUGCAUACGACCUGGCCACUCUAUUGGACUCUGAUACUGGUUUACUACAUAACGUUUGACGAUGGUGUUUAUAUUUACAGUUCAUAUACUAAUUACCUAUGUAUCUGUAACUGUAACGCAUGAUUUUAUGUUGAUUGCCAUGUUAGAAAAUAUUCACACACAUACAGUCAGACGCAAAUUGCGCGCAGUUUCAGUCGUAAAAAAAGAAAAACAAAACGGAACACGCUCGGUUCCCCUCGACACCUUUUUUUAUUUCUGCUGAUAUGCCUUUCAGGUACAGAUAUGUUGUACUUAAGACUGUGGCUUCGUAGGAACUAAUUUUUUGUGUAUAUUAUAUAUUUUUCUCCGAUUGUCUCUCCGUAUAGAUUGCGUGGCUGAACGCGUUUCGCGUUUGAUCGUGCAUAAUAUUUUGUUAAUUUAUUUAUAUUUUUUGUACAUAUAAAUUGCAUUUUUUGUUGUGUUGAACUUAAGUAGAAUUGUUUCUGAACCAUAUUACCGAUGAUGAUGAAGAUGAUGAUGAUGAUGAUGAAGAUGAUGAUGAUGAUGAUGAUGAUAUUAGAGUCUAUAAAAAUUUUUUGCGAAACGUGAAGCUUUAAGGUCUUUCUAAGGAAAACGUUCCUAGAUAUAUAAUUUCCUGCUUUUUUAUAUAAGUAGUCUAAUCAAAUAAGACCGCUUUAUACUCUUGAAAUUACAGUGCGUUACACAGUGGACGAAUCUGCCAAUAAAACCUAAAUAAUCAUGUGUACAUUAUUAAAUAUUACGCCGGGUUUGAGAAAAGCAGAAGUGUUAGUGACCAUUAUAAUAUAUAUUGCGGGGAACAUAAUCUUUAGAAGGCCUUGCAAUUCUUUCUCCUGCUUUUACGCGGUAAUCAAAGACGAGACAUGAGAUCAUUGGCAAUUGUUUAAUUGAAAAAUAAAAUGUGAACCACAUUUAUAUUUGUAAUGUACAGUGAUAUCGUCGUAUUCUUUAAAUAGCCAAUUUUAUUUAUAUCCUUUAUAUUUUACUGUUUGCUGUAUGAUGUGCAAAUUUUUGCAUUCUACUAUUUAUGAGGCCAACUAGCUAAGAAAAAGAUAUUCGGUUCAAGUGCCUUGUCUAUUUUCUUCAAGACAGCUCAUUUCAAUUGUUGGAGGAAUGUGAAUAUUAGAUUAUACAUAAUGAUAUAUGAACAUAUAUAUAUAUAUAAAUGUAUACAUUAUAUAAAUAUUGAUAAUAAUGACAUUAUUAUUACAAUACGCAUAAUCGAUAUGAUAGGUAUUGUACUGCAGGUACAAUGAUAUACUACUACUAUUCACAAAUAAAAUAAUAGAAGCUAUCAUGUA